AACACAUGUGAAUUGUCCACGAAGACUAGUAGGAGCUGACGUAGUCGGGAGGAGUUGGUGCGUGUGGUUGGGGUCCGUGCUGUGACAGUUUUCUGAAUAUUUGCGCAGGAUGCUUGUAUCUUGAUAUCAUGGCUUGACUACUUUUGCUGGAAUAUCCCUGCAAGUUUAGAUACUCAAGUUUUACUGCCACAUUUAACGUAGCAAGAGGGACCCUGUAUUGGAAGACGGACAGGUGCUGGUCGCAAACCAUGGCGGAAAUAGCAAAUUUGCAGUGUUAUCUGGCAUCACUAUGGCUAUUUUAUUUGGCCAUAGAAAUGAAUAUCCAAGAUACAUCAUCCCUGUCAACAUCGGAUGUUGAUCAGCACCUGGAGAUGGGCCUUAGACUGCUGGGCCAAGGACAGCUACAAGAUGCAUUGUCUCACUUUCAUGCAGCCAUUGAUGCUGAUCCACAGAACUACCUGACAUAUUACCGGAGAGCGACUGUGUACCUGGCAUUGGGAAAGGCAAAGCAUGCCUUACCUGAUCUGCAGCAGGUGUUGAAGAAGAAACCGGACUUCUUGGCGGCAAGGCUGCAGAGGGGCAAUGUCCAUUUGAAGCUAGGAAAUCUGGACGAGGCGCAUAUCGACUUUGAGGAUGUGCUGCGGCGGGACCCGGACAACACGGAGGCGCUGCACGCGUACACGCUCAUCGACCAGGUGCGCGAGGACGUGCGUCAGGCGGAGGCGGCGCGCCACUACGGCGACCACGAGACGCACGUGGCGCUGCUGACGCGCGUGCUGGAGGUGUGCCCGUGGUCGGCGCCGCUGCGCCAGCGCCGCGCCGACAGCUACGUGGCCAUGGGCGACCUGAUCGCGGCGCUGAGCGACCUUCGCACCACCACCCGGCUGGUGACCGACAACCGCGCCGGUCACCUGCAGAUGGCGCUGCUUCACUACCGGCUGGCCGAGGCGCAGGAGUCGCUCGGCGAGAUACGCGAAUGCCUGAAGCUCGAUCAGGACGACAAAGAGUGCCACAAUCACUACAAGAAAGUGAAAAAGGUUGUGAAGGCCCUGGACAAUUCUCAAGAGUACCUGAACGCGGAGGACUUCGAGGCGUGCUCACGGUCAGCAAGCAAGGUGCUGGACGUGGAGCCGACCGAGUCUGCGGUGCGUUUCCGCGCCCUGGAGCGCAUGUGCACGUGCCAGGCGCGCGAGGCGGCGCCGGACGCCGUGGCCACGUGCACGCGCGCCCUGGAUCUGCGUCGGGAGCCGCGCGUGCUCUGCGAGCGCGCCGAGGCCUACAUGGCCGACGACAUGUUCGACGAGGCCAUCCGAGAUUUCCAGCAGGCGUUGGAGCUAGACGAGGGUUACACGCGAGCUAAAGAAGGCUUGGGCAAAGCGCAGAAAAAGCAGAAGCUUCAAAAGAAGAGGGACUACUACAAGAUUCUUGGAGUCAAGAAAACAGCGUCAAAGAAAGAGAUCACGAGGGCGUACAGGAAACUGGCGCAGCAGUGGCACCCCGACAACUUCGCCACCGGCGACGAGAAGGAGAAGAAGAAAUCUGAGAAGAUGUUCAUCGACAUCGCUGCUGCCAAGGAGGUUCUCACCGACCCCGACAAGCGGCGGCAGUUUGACAACGGCGAGGACCCGCUCGACCCGGAAACCGAGGCCGGCCGCGGCUUCAACCCGUUCGGCCAGGGCUUUCACGGCUUUCCUGGUGGUGGUGCCGGCGGUGGACCUUUCCACUUCAAGUUCCACUUCAACUGAUAGAUGCCGCCACCGGUGCGGCGGACCUGUGAUAUGCAGACAUCCUCGGAGUGUGCGCGCUGAGGUCCGUGGCGGAGGGACACGUUAGUGGGGAGUUAGGGAGCGGACGCUGUUCAUGUUCGCAGGGACUUAUGUCGUCCCGAGCGAGCUCUGCCCAGCACAGUGGCGUACGCUCCAUGUUCGGGCACGGAACUCAUUGGCUGCUGCAAACUCGAUGUUGUGAUCUGCGCCUAGGUCAGUGGGUGCGUGUGUCAAGUCCGCGGUGCCUUCUAGGGUCGACACGGCACCAAGCGGCUCAUGGAUACAAAUCGCGUGAUGGAUGCAGCCCGCGUAGUGCGCGGGGCGGGCACGAAUUCCGCUGCUCUGGGUAACGUGCAAAGGUGCAAACAAAGGUAAUCGAUAAGGGCCGUGUACAAAAUUCAUGGUGCGGUGGGUAUUGUGGUGUUCGGCAUUGUAACGGCGAGUCAUUACGUUCCUUACUUUUCUGUAAAUGCUUGGUAAAAAAAGGCAAAUCAUGGCUCGGCAUAACCUAAGUUAUUGCUUUGGCAUUGUUUGAGUAGUUUCCAUGCUUGCCGGUUCGCUCUGCUUGUGAUUGCCAUUAUGGAACAGUCGAGUACGUAGACAAUCCGGAUCCCACACGUCAUGCUUUGCGGGUACGUAGCCGGAGGGCUCACCGUAGCGGUGUUUGUUUCGGCAUUUGUGCCUCGUCGCGUGCCGUCUGGUGACAAGAAAUACAAAUGCCCCGAUCAGGUG